CCACGUGUCGGUUACUGCUUGGUCCCUGGUCCCUUUAUCUGCCCCGGCCUUUGGGGCCUGGCACCGCCAUGAACAGCCAGUUCCUGACUGUGCUGCUGCUGCUCCUGCUGGGGGUCUCAGGCCCAUGGGGACAGGGACAGGAUCCACAGGGUCCCUUGGAGGACCUCCCAGAGGAGCCACCUGGGGAGGAAGUUCCCAAAGAGGAAGGGGUUUUGGUGCUGAGCGGCCGCACCCUGAGCCUGGCACUGCAAGAACACCCGGCCCUGCUGGUGGAGUUCUACGCCCCGUGGUGUGGGCACUGCCAGGCGCUGGCCCCUGAGUACAGCAAAGCAGCCACUCUGCUGGCGGGCGAGUCAGCCCCAGUUACACUGGCCAAGGUGGAUGGGCCUGCAGAGCCGGAGCUCAUGAAGGAGUUUGGUGUGACGGAGUACCCUACCCUCAAGUUCUUCCGAGAUGGGAACCGCACACACCCUGAGGAGUACACAGGACCCCGGGAAGCUGAGGGCAUCGCUGAAUGGCUGAGGCGGCGGGUGGGGCCCAGUGCCGCACACCUCAAGGAUGAAGAGGGCACCCAGGCAUUGAUGGAUGCCUCAGACGUGAUGGUCAUUGGCUUCUUCCAGGACCUUCAGGAUGAGGAUGUGGCCACCUUCCUGGCCCUGGCCCGGGAUGCUAUAGAUAUAACCUUUGGCCUCACUGACCAACCACAGCUCUUCCAGAAGUUUGGCCUCACCAAGGACACAGUGGUCCUCUUCAAGAAGUUUGAUGAAGGGCGGGCUGACUUUCCAAUGGAUGAGGAGACUGGCCUGGACCUGGGGGAUCUGUCUCGCUUCCUGGUCAUACACAGCAUGCACCUGGUCACAGAGUUCAACCAGAAGACAUCCCAGAAGAUCUAUGCUGCCCGGAUACUCAACCACCUGCUGCUGUUUGUGAACCAGACACUGGCCCCACACCGGGAGCUGCUGGCCAGUUUCAGGGAGGCGGCUCCCCCCUUCCGGGGGCGGGUAGGUACUGGGGGGCCAGGAAGGAGGGGCCACUGGGCACUGGGACCUGCAACAUGGGUUCCCUGCUGGCAGGUUCUGUUUGUGGUGGUGGAUGUGGCUGCCGACAAUGACCACGUGCUGCAGUACUUUGGUCUCAAGGCCGAGGAGGCCCCCACCCUGCGCUUGGUCAACAUUGAGACCACCAGGAAGUACGCACCCACAGACGGGGGGCCUGUCACUGCAGCUUCUGUGGCUGCCUUCUGCCACUUGGUCCUAGGCGGUGAAGUCAAGCCCUACCUGCUAAGCCAGGAGCUUCCCCCUGACUGGGACCAGCGGCCUGUUAAGAUCCUUGUGGGCAAGAAUUUUGAGCAGGUGGCUUUUGAUGAAACCAAGAAUGUGUUUGUGAAGUUCUAUGCCCCAUGGUGCAGCCAUUGUAAGGAGAUGGCCCCAGCCUGGGAGGCGCUGGCUGAGAGGUACAAAGACCACGAGGACAUCGUCAUUGCUGAGCUGGAUGCCACAGCCAAUGAGCUGGAGGCCUUUGCAGUGCACGGCUAUCCUACUCUCAAGUACUUCCCGGCGGGGCCGGGUCGGAAGGUGAUUGAAUAUAAAAGAGCCAGAGAUCUAGAGACGUUCUCCAAGUUCUUGGACGCUGGGGGCGAGCUGCCUGUGGAAGAGCCCAUGGAGAAGCCUGAGACUCCUUUCCCGGAGCCACCAGCCAACUCUACCCCGGGGACCAAGGAGGAGCUGUAGCCACCCUAAAGCAUCUCCCAGAAGUUUUGGGGCACUCACUGGAGAGAGCUAUGUGCUGUGAAUAAAGGAAAG